GCAGCCCUUGCCCGUUGAAAGCCCUGACCUCAGCUUUCCUCUCCUCAGAAAUGCCAAAGAAAAGAGAUGAAGUUGGCGAAGGUGACCUGUUUCUGCUCUAGUGGGCGGAACCAGGCUUUCAAUCCUCAAAGAGUUGUUCCCCUUCCGGAACGGGCUUUUCCUGAGAGAAUGAUGUAGCGACCAAGAGCACUGUACUUGGAGUCAGAAGAUCCGGUUUCAAGUUUGGAUUCCACCACUCAUCACUUUAGGCAAGUCACGUUAGCUUUCUUAUUACCUACCGCAGAGUGGCUGGCUUGAAGUGAAUGUACCUAGACUUCGUUCCCUUAUUACUCUUCUAAAAAGAAGAAAAAGAAGAAGGUGGUUACAGGAAGUAUCUACUGACCGGUUUCCAGCAGCGGUUCAGGGACGGCCUCCCAGGACUGGCCCCAGGCACCCUCCCGGGAGCCCGCCCAGCCUCGCUGCGAUUAUUGGUUGCCCUGCCCCAGUCAACCCCAGGCCCACCGCGGCCCUGACACCCAGCUCGGAAGUGGGGUGUGAGUUGUUAGAAAGCUCCGAAUAAUUCCAGAGGGUCAGUCACUCCCACUUACUGUAAAGUGCUUGCCAGACGGGCCAGGCAAGCCCACCUCUCCUCGGUGGGGCCCCCUUCCCCAAAGUCAGCCUCCUCCUUCGGGAACGUAGCAGCCGAGGACCGCAAAGCUCCCCUACGCGGGGGCCGUCCCCAGCCUGAGUCGUGCCCUCCGCGCACAGCUCUGCCUGCACUCGGGCGUCCAGGAGCUCCCCCUCCGGGCGGCGCGAGGUGACCGCGGGCAGGGUUGGCAGCAGCGCCCGCUGCGGGGCGGCCCCGAAGACUAGCCCGCCCGCCCAUGUGCGUGGAGAGGAGCGAAGCUCCUCUAGCAGUCGCCGCGCCCGCGCCUGCUGCGUGUGGGUGCCUCACCUCGGAGGCCGGCGGGGGCCGUAACCCGAGUCCCGCUGCCAGGAACUACAUUUGCAUAAUUUGGCUCCCCCCCCCCCCCUUCGGAUUCAAGGCUGGAGAUGCGAGUCGGGCUCCCCUCCGAGGCGUCGUCUUGCCGGUGGUCAGCGCGGGGGCCGCGGGACCGGCCCGAGCGCAGGCGGAGCGGGCUGGCGCACGUGCUGUCUGACAACAUCUACCCGGUGGAGGACCUCGCCGCCACGUCGGUGACCAUCUUCCCCAAUGCCGAACUGGGAGGCCCCUUUGAUCAGAUGAACGGAGUGGCCGGAGAUGGCAUGAUCAACAUUGACAUGACUGGAGAGAAGAGGUCCUUGGAUCUCCCAUAUCCCAGCAGCUUUGCUCCUGUCUCUGCACCUAGAAACCAGACCUUCACGUACAUGGGCAAGUUCUCCAUUGACCCCCAGUACCCUGGUGCCAGCUGCUACCCAGAAGGCAUCAUCAAUAUUGUGAGUGCAGGCAUCCUGCAAGGGGUUACCUCCCCAGCUUCGACCACAGCCUCGUCCAGCGUCACCUCUGCCUCCCCCAACCCACUGGCCACAGGACCCCUGGGUGUGUGCACCAUGUCUCAGACCCAGCCUGACCUGGACCAUCUCUACUCUCCACCGCCACCACCUCCUCCUUAUUCUGGCUGCGCAGGAGACCUCUACCAGGACCCCUCGGCAUUCCUGUCAGCAGCCACCACCUCCACAUCCUCCUCCCUGGCCUACCCACCGCCUCCUUCCUACCCCUCCCCUAAGCCAGCCACGGACCCGGGUCUCUUUCCCAUGAUCCCGGACUAUCCUGGAUUCUUCCCAUCACAGUGCCAGAGAGACCUACAUGGUACAGCUGGCCCAGACCGCAAACCCUUUCCCUGCCCCCUGGACUCCUUGCGAGUCCCUCCUCCACUCACUCCGCUCUCCACCAUUCGCAACUUUACCCUGGCGGGUCCCAGUGCUGGGGCCGCGGGGCCAGGGGCCAGUGGAGGCAGUGAGGGACCCCGGCUGCCUGGCAGCAGCUCGGCAGCAGCCGCUGCCGCCGCCUAUAACCCGCACCACCUGCCGCUGCGGCCCAUUCUGAGGCCUCGCAAGUACCCCAACAGGCCUAGCAAGACCCCAGUGCAUGAGAGGCCCUACCCGUGCCCAGCAGAAGGCUGUGACCGGCGCUUCUCCCGCUCUGAUGAGCUGACCAGACACAUCCGCAUCCACACGGGACACAAACCCUUCCAGUGUCGGAUUUGCAUGCGCAACUUCAGCCGCAGUGACCAUCUCACUACCCACAUCCGCACCCACACUGGCGAGAAGCCCUUUGCCUGUGACUACUGCGGCCGCAAGUUCGCCCGGAGUGACGAGAGGAAGCGCCACACCAAGAUCCACCUGAGACAGAAGGAGCGCAAAAGCAGUGUGCCUUCCUCAUCCGUGCCAGCUGCCUCCGCAGCCUCUUGCACUGGAGGCACGCAGGCUGGGGGGGCCCUGUGCAGCAGCAACAGUGGCACUAUCGGCGGCGGGUCCCUCGCCCCUUGCUCCUCUCGGACCCGGACACCUUGAAUGAGACUCAGGCUGACACACCAGCUCCUUGAGGCCCCGGAGGCCCUUCGUCCACUGGUCCACUUCAACUGCACAACAAACACUACCACCCUUUCCUGCCCCCCUCUCCCUUCCUGGGCGAAGGGCCUUGGUGGAGCCCAGCACUGCCCCCUUUUCACUUAGAAACCGGUCCUUCCUAAAACUUAGCCCACUUUAGUGUCUCUUAGGUGGGUUGACUAUCACCCUAAGAUAAUGGGGAGGUGCAGAAGGGUGUUGGGUGGGGUCCCUGGCCUAGAGGGCUGAGGCCUGACCCUGCUUUAAAGGGUUGUUUGACUAGGUUUUGCUUCCCUUCUCUCAUAUCUUGUCCCAUUACAGGUUUGACUCUGGAUGUCAGAGUUGAUUUGAGACUUUUUCUACAAUAGUAGGUUGGGAGAUGCUGAUCCCUUCAGGUGGGGGCAGCAAAAAGAAGCAAAGCUGAUGUGCACUUUAUGGCUUGGGACUGAUUUGGGGAUGCUGUACAGUGAAUGAAGCAUGGCCUUUAUGCUGCAUUCUGUGGCCCUAGAACAGUGAAUCAAAGCUUAUCUAGUCGUUCCAACCCUUUAAGCAAUAUGUAUUAUAAACUCAGAGAACGGAAGUGCAAUGUGAUGGGAGGGACAUAGCAAUAUCUGCUCCUUUUUGAGUUGUUUGAGAAGUGUAAAGACUAUUUUUUCAGUGUAUAUCCACUCAGAUUUUGUGUAUUUUUGAUGUGCACUGUUCUCCAAGUUCUGAACCUUCGGGAAAAAAAGCAUUUAUGAUCUCCUGAAAUGAGUCAGAGAUUAAGUUAUUUAAAGGGGAUGUACAUAUAUUCUCUGAAACUAGGAUGCAUGCAGUUGUGUUGGAAGUGUCCUUGGUGCCUUGUGUGAUGUAGACAAUGUUAAAGGGUCUGCAUGUAAAUGGGUUGCCUUACUAUGGAAAAAAAAUCACUCCCUGGGUUUAGUAUGGCUGUAUAUUUCUGCCUAUUAAUAUUUGGAUUUUUUUUUUUUAGAAAGUAUAUUUUUGUAUGCUCUGUUUUGUGACUUAAAAGUGUUACCUUUGUAGUUGAAUUGCAGAUAAGAAUGUAAAUAUUACUGGAGCUGACUUGUUUGGUUAUUAGCUCUUAAUAGUUGUGGAAAUAGAAAUGAUUUAUUCUAACGCAAAACCACUAACCGAUAUUCAGAUAAUGGAUGGUUUAUGACUAUAGUGUAAAUAAAUACUUUUCAACAAUA